AUGACACAGGACGAGAAUAAAUUAAUAAUCCAGCAAGUUGAAUUUUAUUUCAGCGAUGCAAACAUCGUAAGAGACGAGUUCUUAAAAAAGCUCAUGCUGAUGAACGAAGGCUGGGCGCCGUUGACUGUGAUUAAUUCGUUUGGAAAAAUAAAAGCAUUUAAAAAGACAGUUAGCGAGCUGGAAAGCAUCUUGAAAGAAAGCUCCAAGCUGACCGUAGAGGAUGAAAGGAUCAAAAGAAACACCCCCAUCCCAUCAUUCCAGGAGCACAAGGGCGAAGAGAAGACUGUUUUGAUCAGAAACUUCCCCGUUGAGUACACACUAGAAGAUGUGCAGAGUGCUCUGGCCCCGCUCAAAGAGAGAAUAGCAAGAAUAGCGAUGAGAAAGAACGCAUUGAAGGAGUUCAAAGGCUCUGUGUUUGUGGAGCUCAAUGAAAAAGAAGACAUUGAGAUCGUGAAAGACUCAAAGCUAACCAUUGACAUUCCGGUUGAGACAGAGGAGAACGAGUCUGGAAACUCUUCCAAGAAAACAAAAAUAGAGCUGGAGGUGGUUGACUCAAAGGAGUAUUUUGAUAAAAAGAAGGAGGAGAGAAGAGAAAAGAAAGAAGAAAAGAGAAAAGAGAUAACCAAACAGAUUGUAAACGGAUUCAAGAGCAAGAUAUUCAAAUUUACUGUAGCCAAAGGCGAAGAAGAAGCCUCUGAAGAAGAAAUUAACAGCUUGAAAAUAUCCGACAUAAAACAAGAGCUGCUGGAGAAGGGCAUUGCUUUCGUUGAUAUUCCCCAAAGGCACAUCCGAAUGAAGAACGACGAAGAAGAAAUAGCGCCCAUCAGCGUCAAAGAGUUCACCAUUUCAUUCACCAAGCUGAGUGAAGAAGAGGUUGAAAAGUACUGCGAAGGGCUCUCUUUAGUUGCAGACGGCAAGACUCUUUCUAAGCCUAGAAGAAAAAGAUAG